AUGUUUCCUUGUUUCAUUUUCGGAUGCUGGAGUAGGGUCUUGGUUUUUACCGCUUCCUUGGUAGUUCUUCCCGAAGAGGGGGCUGGGUUGGGAGGUGUCUGUAUUGUCGGAGUUGGAGUCCGGGGAGCUUGUUGGGGGGGGAGGGAACUGACACAGUUCCUGCGGAGUUACCUGUUUUAUUCCUGGCUGCUAGAAUGCAUCGGUAAUUUUGAUUGGCGGUUAGGGGGGGUUUGGGUUUUCCCGGAUCCGGGUGGGGGGCAAUUUCGCCAUGCCAGGGUGGAGAUUUGGCAGCGGCGAUUCUGGUUUAAAUCAGCGGGCAAAUUGACUACGCAAUUUAGGAGUGGCCUAGGUUGUUGGUCAGGGUUUUCAUCAAUCUCGUCCACUGUGGCUGGGGGGGGAGUUUCCCGGCCCUACUCCUAUCGUGGGCGCGGGGAAACUGGAGCCGGGGCUGCAGAGGUCGAGCUUAAUGGUGCAGUUUGGGUGUGUCGUGGAUAUGCUCUUGGAGGGGUUGUUGGGGAGUCAUAUGGUUGAGAUGCAGAUCGGCGUAGUUAUAAAGGGACAGGGCGAUUGGGUAAGGGGGUGAGGGAGAGCGUUUCCUGCUGGGCCAUCUUGGCCAAUAGUGGCCGGGGGCUGCCUGGGUAGCCGUUAGGUGACGGGCCAGGCUUCGGUUGCGAUCGGUGGCUAGUGGUGGGUUAGGGCAUCAUUUGGGUGAGCAUUAGGGAGGUGGUACUUGUGGUUUCAUGGGCACUGUAUUGAGGUUAGGGCUGAGGCGGGCGAUUGGUAGGUUUCAUAGGGCUCUAGUUUAAUUUGAUUUUGGGGGGGGUCCCAGGCUCGGUUGUCUGCUCGGGCUGCGCCCUCGUCAGGGGGGAAGAC